CUGUAAAUUAAAUUGUAAACAAAACAAAAUUUAUUUUUGGGAAGCUUCAAGCUCUUAAAUUACAAAUUAAAAUUAGCAUUAUUCCAAGGAUAUUUUAAUACAAAGACAAAUUACCGGUAAAUAGUGCCUACAUAAUAUUAUAUAAUAUUUAUAGAAAAGUCUAGAACUUAAUGCAAUAUUUCGCAUAUAGCAUAUUUUCAUAUAUUAUGAAAAUUAUGAAUACAGCAGCGUUUGGUCUACAAUACAUUAUUUCAUCUGCAUCACGUGAAAGAUGUAUGUCGAAUUUGAAGAAGUUUCGUGUGCCUUCGUUGAAUAGAACAGGAAAACCAUCUGCAACCGCUGCAGUUUUAAUUCCUCUAUGCAAUGUGAACGAGCGAAUUUCAUUAUUAUACACUGUGAGAGCCACAAAUUUGAGAAGUGACAGUGGUAACAUCUCAUUCCCUGGUGGAAAAACCGACAAGAGCGAGUCGCCUAUCGAAACCGCUUUACGAGAGACUAAAGAAGAAAUAGGUUUAUCACCAAAAAGAGUUGAAAUUUGGGGUUGUGGCGAGGCAGUACCCGGUAGGAAAAACAAAAUAAUGAUAUCGCCUGUAAUAGGUUUCAUUCGAGACCUACAAGAGUCAGAUUUGUGUGUAAACAGAAAUGAGGUGAGCGAAGCAUUUGCAGCUCCUUUAGACAUGCUGUGUGAUAGUAACAAUCAGUUCUAUACCCAAUUUAAGAAUGGUUAUAUACUUCCCGUGUUUGUUAUUAAUGAGUUUAAAAUUUGGGGUGUCACAGCAUAUAUGACACAUGUAUUUUUGAGCUGUUUAUUACCUAAGGAUGUAUAUAAGAACAAUUGGAUGAGGAACAAGAUAAUUGUUAAAUAAGUGGUUAUUUUAUGAUUCAGGGUAGUCAGUUCUUAACGAGAGCCUCUCAACUUUGUCUAUGUUGAAUUUAUCUAUUUGGGUCAUAAUAUCUUAAUGAAACAAUCCUCAAAUUUGCUUAAUUACUACAGUCAAGUAAUUUAUAAAAUUAUAAGAAAAUCUAUUUAACUAAGCCAGUUUUAGCUAUUAUUUUUGUGUGACUAAGGAUUAUGAUAAUCCUUUUAAGUGUUUAAAAUACAAAUAUUUGUGUUUAUGUUAUUUAAGUUAUUGGUGAUCUGUUUUACCUAUGAGGAAGUCACCACUAUUUUACAUUGUUAUAAGACUUUUGCAUAGCUCUAAAUAAUUUUAUUUUAAUUUUUUCAAUCCCUUCUGAUUUUAUUUUUGCAACAAAAAGCAUUCAUAGCAUAAUUUGAAAACUUAUUAUAAGUUUCAAAUUAUGCUAAGUUUCAUUUGAAUUCAUUUGGUAGUUUUAGCGUGUUGGCCAGUCAACCAAAAUAUGGACAGACAGACAGACAAUAUUUUUGGCAUCAGUAUUGCUAAUAUAAUGCUCUACAUCUGAAUUUUCGAAAUAUUUUCAAUGUACAGCAUUUGACCUGUUAGGGUUCAUUUACACGAGCGGCAACUCUAACAACGACCGCAGUCGGCAACGUCUCGGCGGCAGUCGAUUGCUGUCAACGACGUCUCGGCGGCAGUCAACGGCAGUCGACUGCAGUCGACGACCGCCGACGAUCGCCGCCGAGAGUAGACUGCAGUCUUCGGUAGCAGCUGUAAAUGAACACUUACUCUUUUAUUAUAUGUGUAGAUAUAAGUCUAGGUAUCCAUUUAUUUGUUACUUUUAUUUUGUUUUAUCUAUCAUACAUAGUAUAUUUCUGUUAAAAAAAAAAACAUUUUUAUGUUUGUAUAAAGUUUAUUUGAAAGUAUAAAAGCUAAUUAGUAUUACAAGCAUAGUUUGAUUUUAUUAUCAUUUAUAUUAUAAUCAAGACAUAUUCACAUUAGUUAAUUAUUAUGCAAAAUAUGCAAAUCAAGGGCAUAAAUAUUCAUGAAUCAUAAUAAAUUGAGCAUUGUCUUUGAGACUUGCCUGUAUUUUGA